UCUUCUUAUUUGUAGGUUUCCGUCUAACUGGAUAUACAAGCUGCUACACUGACAGACGCAUUGUGGCCACGAUGGUCAACAGAUAAUUUUGCCGUUAUUUAGGUCCUCGAGAUGAACCUGUCUGACACCACAGUGCCAUUGAGAGUACGGCAGUACGCCAACCUCACCAGCAUUCCAUACCCGGAACCUCCUGACCACCUCCUCGUGGCAACUACGGCAUUCUACGUCAUCAUCUUCCUAUUGGGCAUCGGCGGGAAUCUGCUCGUGCUGCUCGUCUUCCUGUCCUGUCGCUCUCUGCGCACCUUCAUCAACUCCCUCUUCCUGAAUCUGUGCCUAGCUGACUUCCUUGUCCUGCUGAUCAGCGGACCGACUGCGGUGUUGGAUAUCUAUGCCAUGGAGGUGUGGUACCUUGGAGGAGUCAUGUGCAAAACGGUGCCUUUCGUAGAGAACAUGGUAGCCAACGCUUCCAUCUUGUCAAUCCUAGCUGUCAGCAUAGAGCGGUAUCGCGUUGCCAGCCGGCCCCUCAGUCAACACGGCGGGAGCUGCAAUGCUGCUGUCAAGACAAUGGUGAUGAUCUGGGUGAUCUCAGCCACAGUGGCGUCCCCCAUUCUGUUUAUAGCCAAGUACAAAAGUGCCCUACUCUUGGAUGGAACUUCUGUCAAAGUCUGUAAAACAACGUUACAUCUCUCAUGGCAUAAAAUAUACGUUCUGUUAUCGACAGUGCUCUUCUUUCUCAUCCCUUUCGUUGUGCUGGUGUUUCUGUACUCGAAAAUGUGUUUGCGGGUUCUGUCGUCCAGACGAAGUAGUAUGGAGGAGAUUCCUGCACAGAUGAAGGAGGUGAACCGUCUGAAGAAACAACUUCUCCUUAUUGUCUUAACUGUGGUGCUAGCGUUCUUUGUGUGCCAGACACCAUAUCGUGCCAUUGUUUUAUGGAUGUUGUUUGACACAACAAAAAGUGUUCGGAAUCUCGGUUUUGUCGGCUAUUUAAGUUUGAUCUACUUUACCAGGAUACUUCUUUACUUAAACCACGCCAUAAAUCCUUUUUUGUAUAACUUCGUGUCCAGAAAAUUUCGACGUGCCUUAACCUCAAUUUGUUGCAGGGCCUUCCGAAGAAAAUCUUUCAAUGACUUUCGUGAAGCAAGAAAAAGGAACUUCGCCGUUGAGAUACAAAACAGACUCGGAUGUGGGCAGCUGCGAAGUCUGGAGCACACGCAUUGUCUGUCACCACGUCACCGGCAUCGGCAUCGUCAAAAUGACUUUCUGAUGUUGUAUGAAAACCUUAUUGAAUGACAUUAUCACAAUCAUAUAUUCUUACUUGUUAAAUGAUCGACGAGAGGCCUCCGUAUUUGUUCAAGACGUGUAAGUUAUGUUAAACUGUGAUAGACUUAGAGUAAUCGUAACUAUCUACAUAAUUGUUUGUUGCUGGUCUGUUUGGCAAGGCAAAUGUCAAGCCAUUAAUCAUUCCCCUGAUUAUAUUAAACUUUGCAUCCCUUAGUCGAACCAAUUGACGCGGAUCACUCGUUCGUUUCAAGGGAAACGCCUACGUCACACUUACGUCACUUUGGGGUUUUCACUCAUAUUGAUAUGGCACAUCGAUUCACAUUGGUAAACACUAAUUAAUUCAUUAAUGAAAUCUAAAAUGAAUCUAUCAUACAAUUCUAAACUUUGGAGAAUGUAUAUUUUGCGUUCAUAUCCGCGUUACGUCCUGAUGAUACAAAGCAAGGGAUAUGAGAUCCUUUGUUUGAGAUAGGACAUAGUUUUGCUUCCUCAAGUAACCAAUCCCGUCAAGAGAAUAAAAAAGGGUUUCUGCAAAACUUGACCUGUUCUAAAAAAUCAGCCACCCUCAGGCUCUCAGAAUAUAAAUCUAUCUGAUUUAAUUAAUCGCCUGUGUUAACUACACUCUUCAAAAAAAGAAACGCAUAGGUGUUUUGAGAAUUCCAUGUGAGAUGUUUUUCCCCAGCAAUCGUCAUAAAGACAAUUCUUAUGUUUGAUUCCCGUUAAUCAUGUAAUGUUUGUUGUGCAUUGCGCGCAAACACAUCUCAAAAUGUUUUUUUUGUAAACGUUUAUCAGCAAUAAUGCAAAGGAUGCACGGAAAUUACUUUCAGAAAAAGUUUUCAGCACAAUGCACAUUCAAAGUAUUGGAAACAAGAGUAGAGACACUGACUAUAAAAGACCGUACAAAAUUCAUCAGUUCAUUACGAAUUUUCUGACGUGAACGGAGAUCCAAAAAUGUCAAGAUUAACUGCAGCUGAC